CUAGUAAAGCUAAAGCUGACAGAUAUUGGCAGGUAGAGAAAAGGCCCAAACAGCAUCAAUUUUGAAAUAGAUGUGCUUUCAGAGACCAGGAGACAUACAUUAUGAUAUUGAGUAGGAGCAUGGCAAUUGCUUAGUUAGGCUCAGGUGAAAAAUAAUCGCAGACAGAAAUGAAGAAUAACUGGGAACAGCAGCCGCUUUUAGGCCCUCACUCUGCCUCAACUGCUAUGAGGUCGCCAAAUGAUGCAUUUGUGAAAGAUCUGACACGAUCACUGGAAGAUAUAAAAAGGUCCUUGGAUAGAGAAAAUAUUGGAAAUGACGAAAAAUUUGGACUGAGUCCUGUUCGAAGGAUGUUCUGCUUGUUAUCAUUUUUUGAUUUCCUUUUGAUUGUCCUUUUGUGGAUAAUUUAUGCUCAGACAACAAUGGAUAGUCUGACGAAAAUGUUUAACAAAGAAGUUGAAGAGUACAAAUUCAAAAGCUCACUCUUUGAUUUUGUGGUUCUGGCAUUUGUAAGAUGUAUUCUUCUUUUAUUCACAUAUGCACUUCUCAAGAGUAGCAAAUGGUAUUCAGUUGCAGUGACAACAAUGCUUUCUACCCUCAUGGCCAUUUUGAAAGUUGUGAUGAAUGAAGGAACAGUUAUAAAGAGUGGACAACCAAUGAGUUAUUUAAUAGUCAUUGCCACAUUUGUUAUCUGCUGGUCGGAAGCCUGGCAUUUUGAUUUCCAAGUGAUACCUACAGAAUUAAGACUAAGACGGGAAAAUAUAGCAAAUACCCUCACAGCCUCAAUACCCACAUUACCAUCAACUGUCAGUGACUGGCGUUUAGGUGCAAAUUCAGAGUACCAGUCUUGUUACUCCCCUGGUGGAAGAAGUCCGAAAGAAUCUGGAGAUUCGGAUUCGGACACCGUGAGCAAUUUUUCGAGGGAUGAUUUCAAUCGGAACUCAAAGCAAGGAAGACAUAUAAACCGCGGCAAAGAGGCAGUAAAACAAGUUCAGAAAAUGCUUCACAUCACAGAGAACUGGAAAAAAGAAAAGGAAGAUAAUGGUAUACUUGUAGAAGCAAGACAUUUUGAUGGCAUUGGUAAAGUCUUCCGGUGCAAGAGUCUGUUAGCGUGCCACUCAAGUCUUCUGUUCAACAUUCUUUGGAACAACGUGGAAAGCCAACCCUCCUGGAAUCCUACAGUUUCAGACUGCCAGAUCAUCUCCGUCAUAAACAAGAAAACAGAUAUUUGCUACGUUGUUGCAGCAGAAGCCGCUGGCGGGCUUGUUUCUUCGAGGGAUUUUGUGUCAGUGAGGAGGUAUGAAAAACAGGGAGGUUUGUUUGUGCUAGCUGGCGAGUCAACGACCUGCGAUACUGUUCCUGCGAGGAAAAAUAUUGUGAGAGGAGAAAAUGGUCCUGGAGGAUAUAUAAUAAAAGUUAUUCCUAAUGAAGCAGAUCGAUGCGAAUUCAUCUGGUUCUUAAAUACAGAUAUCAAGGGUUGGAUUCCAAAGUCCGUAAUCGACCAAACGAUGGCUUCAGUCAUGAUCGAUACUGUUCGAGCAUUGCAAGAUCAUAUCGAACGUAUGCCAAAACUAUAAUUUGUUUGUUAUCAUUUGAAUUUGAAUUUAUUUUAAAUUUUUUUAUCGAUUUUGAUACAAUGUUCGAAUUGAAUGCCUUGAUAAUUCUGGUACUGGUGUUCAUUACUUGCAAUUGUGAAAUUCUGAAUUGAUUUUAAAAUUAUUUACUUGAUGUUUGAUAGUUAAAGUAAAGCUGAGUAUAGCAAAGUAUAGCUUAAGGUUUACCUAUGAACUGGCGGGGCUGAUGAACUUAGGCCAUUGUUUUAGAGUACCCAAAUUUUGCAAAAAUUAACGAAUUUAUGAGUCUCAAGAGCAAUGAAAUGACACUAAGCUACACAUCCAGAAUAUUUAACAGACAUGGCCCACAAAGUAGAUGUCAUAUUCUUUAAGCUUUCUCGUCGGUAAACCCAAACUUGAAACAGGUCAAACCGUGUUGCACAGAAAUCUAUUAAUAGUCUUACUGGAAAAUAAUUUGGCUCGAUAAUUGUUUGCAAUUCUUUGAGUGAUUAGAUAUUCGAAAGUACAAGUGAGUUUAAAAUUGAUUUAUGAAAUGUAAAAUUUAUCCAAAUGUAGGUUGUAAAUUAUUUUUUAGAAGUUUUUGUUUGUAUUUGUAAAAAACCGUUUGAGUUGAUUCAAGACGGUAAUUACCAAUUUGA